CUUUUACUUUAUAAAUGUUUUCCCUCUAUAGUCAAUUAUGGAUUUUUAACCUGGUGCAAUUUCAUUCUAACAGGUAUGGGCAGUAGAGAUAUUACCGGCCCUACAAGACUGUGUUGUUUCGUACGUUUCGCAUCAAAUUCUACGCUUCAUUCAAUAUCGAGGCUGGAAGGGUUGGAGGUAUAACAGAAUACAUGCUAUUUUCGAGAGUAAAACUACAACAGUAGUAAUGAAAUUAGAACCAACGCUACAAGAAUGGGAAACGGAUGUCGUUCACUCUGUGCAUGACAGUUUUCAGCUUACUGAGACCCAGGAAGAUGAUGAGGAGGGUAAUGAGAUUGAUCACGAGGAGGGUGACGAGUCAGAUGUUAGCGAUGAGAAAGGCGUGGAGGGAGAGGGACCGAGGGGUGGUAUACCGAAUGUUGUUCUUAUGGAGGAAUUUAUGAUUGAGAGGGAAGAGUUCAAGAAGGAGAGAGAGGAAUUGAAAAAUGAGAGGGACAAAUUGAAAAAAGAGAGGGCAGAGAUGAGAAGGAAAGAAGCACUGUUUGAUGACAGCGAAACGUUACUGAGGAGGGAGAAGGAAUUGUUCUUUGUGGACAAGGAAUGGUUCUUUAAGGACAAAGAAAAGUUAGCGAAUGAGAUGGAGGAGUUUAAUAAGGAGAAGGAAGGUAAUCGUACACAGAGGGGACGUAAUGUGAUGGAGGAGGAGGGUGAGGAGUUGAGGAAGAGAGUGGAAGUAAAUGAUAUUGAAGAUAAAGAACUUGGACAUGUGGAUCUUGAUGUACAAUCGUAUAGUAAUGUCAAAGGUAAUGUAUGGAAUGAAUCCACUUCUCAUGCCGUUUAUGAAAGGAGAGCCAAAAGGAUACCGAAGACAUCAUAUUACAAGAUUUCUCUAUAUUUGUCCUUGUCUGCAUUCGAUACAACCCCUGGGGCGAACAAGGAAAAGUUAGCGAAUGAGAGGGAUGAGUUUAAUAAGGAGAAGAAAGGUAGUCCUAAACAGAGGAGACAUUUUGUGAUGGAGGCGGAGGGUGAGGAGUCAAGGAAUAAAGUGGAAGUUAAUGAUAUUGAAGAUAAAGAACUUAAACAUGCAUCCACUUCCCCUCCCAUUUAUAAAUGGAGAACCAAAAGGAUACUGAAGCCAUCAUAUUACAAGGUUUCUCCAUACUUGUCCCUGUCUGUAUUCGAUACAACCCCUGGGGUGGUUCGUGAACCCAAGCAAGUAACAGCUUUUGCUACUUCUCCGAUAUCAUUUCCUGUAUAG